AUGGAUGACCAAGACCCUUCAGCAAAUAACAACAGAGAUAUCGAAUAUAAAAUUCCAAUUACAGAAGAUGAAGAUGAAGAUCAUCGUCAGUAUUUCGAUGGUCGCCGAAUACAUAAAGUGCCCCAACUUGUGCGAUUCAAUAAACACAGCAAAGAGGAUUACUACACACCUAAGAUGGUUUCCUUUGGCCCUUAUUACCAUGGCUUGCAAGAACUUGGUAUGGCAGAAGAAUUCAAGCAUAAAGUCCUUAAAAUCUUUGUUUCUAGCAGCGGCAAAGGCAAACAAUUCUUCUACUGCCAGAUCUUUAAAGUUAUCGACCAGAUUAGAAAUUGUUAUGUUGGAGUUUCGAGAGAUGCAUAUGAUGACGGAGCACUGACAGAAAUGAUGCUUCUAGAUGCAUGUUUCGCAGUAUAUCUUAUGAAGAUUGCCUUGGGAGAUGAAGAAAAAACUAUCCACUUCUGUCAACAUCUUGGAAUGUCUGUAAUAACAUUUGCAUUCGUCGAUAUGUAUUUACUGGAGAAUCAAAUUCCACUCUGGGUUAUUAAGCUCUUGAUUAAAUUAAUAAAUGGAGAAGGAUCUAUGUUACUUUGUAAAUUCUCAAGUUUCCUUGUUUUUGCGGAUAGCAGGAUAACAAGAAUUCGAGAAGAUAAAAGGCAACCACUUCACCUUCUGGACGCUUUUCAUAGACUACUUGUCGAAGAAUUGGAUAAUGCAGGAAAAAACCUUGUCCAGUCUGUUAAUAAAGUUCAACGGCAGCUGUGGAGGAAAGAAAAUCCGAAUGAAUUUGUGAAAUACGAUCGUCAAUCUCGUUCAGUCACUGAUCUCAAAGCAAAAGGCAUCCACUUCAAACCUAGUUCAUAUUGUUUGAAGAAUAUCAAGUUCAAAUCCUACCCAUUUUAUGGGCAGCUUCAACUCCCGGUUCUUCUAUUCAAUACCCAUUCCAAGCUAUUCUUUACACACAUGAUUGCAUAUGAAGCGUCUCCAGAAAGCGACACUGGCAUUCCUAUAACAUGUUACGUUAAUUUCUUGAAAUCGCUCAUUGUUAAACCUGAAGAUGUGAAGGAACUGAGAGAAAAUAAGAUAUUCUUCAGCGCCCUUGACAGCGAUGAAAAAGUUGUGGAAGUAAUCAAAGAAAUUGAUACUUGUGGACUUGUGGUUGACAGUAUUUUUGAGGAUGUGAAGAUGGGAAUUGAGGAGCACUGCAGCAGCAAGGCAAAAACAUGGAUUGCUGAACUAAUUCAUAAUUAUUUUCGCAAUCCAUGGACAUUUAUUGCCUUACUUGCUGCCACUUCUCUUCUAUUCUUGACUUUUCUUCAGACCUAUUACACAAUGAAUCUCAAGUAA